GGAUACAAGUAGCAACUUAUGUAUAUCAGAGGUCAGUGAUGAUGCAACAGGAGAAAAACUGACAUUUGAAGUGAAGGAACCUUUGGGAGCUCUUGGGUCUCCCUUGAACAUCAGACUACCAUCUUCUGCUCAGUCAAAGGGCUCAAAGUUAUGCAUCAAGAUAAGCUACAAGACAUCCUCAUCAGCCUCUGCCAUUGGUUGGCUAGAACCGUCACAGACAGCUGGCAAGCAAUUCCCAUAUCUUUACAGCCAGUGCCAAGCCAUCCAUGCUCGUAGUAUCCUUCCUUGUCAGGACAGCCCUUCAGUCAAAGCAACUUAUGAUGCCAAGGUGACUGUUCCAUGCGAUCUUGUUUGUUUGAUGAGUGCGGUGAGGACAGGUGAAGAGCCAUGUGCAAUAGAUAAUUCUCUUAAGACUUAUACCUUCAGACAGACUGUCCCAAUGCCAAGCUAUCUGAUAGCAAUUGUUGUUGGUGCAUUAGAAAGCAGACAAAUAGGGCCAAGGUCUAGAGUUUGGUCAGAGAAAGAAUUUGUCGAUAGAGCAGCAUUUGAAUUUAGUGAGACUGAACACAUGCUAGCUACAGCUGAAUCGUUGCUUGGUCCUUAUGUGUGGGGUCAGUAUGAUCUUCUUAUCUUACCCCCAUCCUUUCCAUAUGGAGGUAUGGAGAACCCUUGUCUCACUUUUGUCACACCUACCCUGCUGGCAGGAGAUCGCUCCUUAGCUAAUGUUGUAGCUCAUGAAAUCAGCCAUAGUUGGACUGGUAAUCUGGUAACAAACUGCAGCUGGGAACACUUUUGGUUGAAUGAAGGAUUUACUGUCUUUGUAGAGAGGAAGAUUCUUGGACGAAUGAACAGUGAGAAACAUCGUCAGUUUGCAUUCAUCGGAGGCUGGAAGGAGCUCUACAAUUCAGUUUCAAAAUAUGGUGAAGAGCACAAGUUCACACAGUUGCUUCCAUCUCUGGAGGGUGGUAUUGAUCCAGAUGAUGCAUUCUCAAGUGUUCCUUAUGAGAAGGGAUCAUGUUUCUUAUUUUAUCUUGAAACUCUGGUUGGAAUAAAUGAGUUUGAGGGAUAUUUGAAAGCCUACAUUGAUAAAUUCAAGUACAGAAGUCUCACUACUCAAGAUUGGAAGGAUUUUUUUCUUGAAUACUUCCAUGAAAAGGCAGCAGCUGGUGUCUUUGAUUGCGUAGAAUGGGAUAAAUGGUUCUUUGCACCUGGUAUGCCACCUAUUAAACCAAAAUAUGAUACUUGUCUGGUGGAUCAUUGUACAGAAUUGUGUGAAAAAUGGAGUCAGGUUGGUGAAAGUAACUUUGAAAAGUCUACUGGUGACCUUGAGUCAAUGUCUCCAUCUCAGAAAAUAGAGUUUCUGGCACAGUUGUUGCUGAAGAAGCCAUUAACCUACAAUCUUAUCCAAGAAAUGCAAGGAAUUUAUGACAUGGACAAGUAUACCAAUGCCGAAAUUCGUUUCAGGUGGUUGAGAUUGAGAAUAAAGGCUGGUGAUGAGUCUGCUAUUGAUAGUGCUCUUAAGAUGGCAACAGAGGCUGGUCGCAUGAAGUUCACUCGUGUCCUGUUCAGGGACUUGUAUGCAUUCCCAUCUGCACGUCAAAAGGCAGUUGAUACAUUCCUGGCAGAAAGACACAACAUGCAUCCGAUUAGUGCAAAAACUGUUGCCAAGGAUCUGGAGCUAGAAUGAUUGCCAUUAUCUUUGAGCUUCCAUAACUGUCAACACAAAUUUCUUUCUUUUUUAUUCAUGAAUCUAUUUCUGUCAUUGAAUUCAGAUGAAAAUGAAAUGUUAUAAAUUUCACAGGAUUUAGAAAUUAUUAUACUCAGGAUACUGAAGCUAUUUUCAUGUUAUCAUACAUGUUUAUGGACAGGAAUGUUUGGAUUUUACCAAAGUCUUUAUUGUGUAUAAACUCUUGGAAUGCAGUUUGCUUUAAGCAUUUAUAAUUUCUGAAAUGUCAUUGCAACUGCUCCAAUUGUACUUUGUGUCAUUAAUUUUGGGAUAAUGUAAUGCUUGAAAAAGGAGUUAUUUCUUUUUUAAAUCAACAAUUACUAUUAUAAAUCCUUUUUUUCUAACUUACAAAUCUGUGAUAGAUUUUUAGCCAUUUUGUGUAAUACCAAAAUAGUCUACCAACACAACAAUAAAAAUAAUUUUUUCAAUGCCGAAAAGGAAGCCCAAAUUUGGGUCUAUUUACAUUGUGGACUAAACAUUAUUCCAACUACACCUUGAGCUUAUAGUCUUCAUUGUGUCUUGUUGACAGACCAGUUGGUACAUUACCAGUUUGUAAACUGGUAGACUUUCGUCACGUAAGACAAGGUAGAAUUAGAUGAAAAUUAAAUAGCCUCACUGUGAAAGGGGAAUCCAACCUUGGUCAUAUAAUGUUGUGUUAGAAAGGAAAGAGAGAAAUAAAUAAAACAGAAUAGUGAAAGUUUGAAAGAAAUCGGACAAGCAAUAACAAAGUUUUGACUGCUUUAGAAUUGAGAUCCCUAAGACUAUGCAAAUUUCAAAUUGGCAUUUAGGUAUGUAAAUUAUUACAAGGGAAAAGGACAACUUUCCCCAUAGGCUAUGUACUUUAUUAUCAGGGAUUUGUUGUUUCUUCCCAUGUACCUAUGCCCCUAGGGCAGUAAUCUAAAUAUGACCCAGGUAGUAUAUUGUUUCAUGUCCUCAUGAAAGAAAAAUAUAAUUUGACAUAAAAUUUUUGAAAAAAAUUAAAUUUUAGCCAUUAUUUGUAUUGAAGCACAUGAAAGAGUAGUGCUUGCCCUACAUCACUAUGACAUCACAAAUGCGUCCAAUUUGAAGUCUUCAUUGGUAUAGUGAUUACCAAUUUUUUACAACUUUAAAAUUUGUAAUUUUCUUAUUGUUUGUUCGAUAAUGUUCAAAUUUUCACCCAUCAAUUUGUCUAUUUUUUUUCAUUUUCCUUUAAAAAUAACUUAAUUUGGUUGGAUUCCCCUUUAUUUGAACCAAAUGGUAGGCUAUAUGGUAACUUAGAUCAAAUGGUAAUAAAUAUGUCAUCAGACCAGACACUUGACAGAGAACUGUCAGACCAAGUUUGAUAUAUAUCUUCUAAAACACUAUUUACAUUUUUUUCACUUAGAUUUCGGUUUACCUUUGUAUGAACUAUUACCAACACAGAACUGAAAUAUUAUGUUUAAUGUGUUUUUUCCAGAAUUUUUCAUAAUUAUUUGUCAAUUGAUGGAAAGUAUGAUACUAUGCUGAAUAUUUUCCAUUGUGUUAUUUAGCUACAUAGCAGCUACAGAGCUAUAUAUUCCCGCUAUACAAGUACAAAGUGAAUGACGGGGCAAUACAUUCUUGGAAUAAAAAAGAAACUGUCAUGUAUUGAAGCAAAAGUGUGAAAUAUGUUUAUACAGUAUCUGCUACUCGAAAAUUCAACAGUCAUUACUAUUCAAGAACACAGAAAAAACACAGUACCAGACCGUGUAGUGUAGUGAGUAUUUUCAGACUUAUUCACCAGCAAUCGUCAUCUCUUGUAAACUAAAAGUUCCCAUGAGUUGUCGGGUAAAGCUACAAUAAACAGUGCAUCAUUGUCAAACUUUCGUGAAAUCUAAUCCACAGAUGAAUCUUCUUUUACAUGAAUAUAUGCUAGUAUAAAUGCAAGCUGAUUGUGACAUUGCAAAUGAAAUUAUGCUUCUUGUUUUCUUUGUUUUUGGUGUCAUAAUAAUUUUGAGUAGAUAAUAUUAUUUUUUGAAGUGAUUUUCAUCUUGUUUGAAUUAUUUUGAACUUUUUGAACCCCUUCUUUGGUAAUGAGCACUUGCAAAGGGUAUUGGAAUUGUUAUUAGCAUCAUAUCUGAGACAUCAUUUAAAUGCAGUUAUAGGCAGGCAUACAGUGGAUGUGUUGAUGCAACAUAAUUUAUCCUUACUGUAUUACCAGUGUUUAACCCCCAUUGUGUUGAGAUGAUUCAGCACUGUGCUGAAGUAGAUUCAAUUCGCCCCUAUAUGCUGCAAGAAAAUAUAGAGAGUGUAUUUGUUCUAAGAAAUACAACUUCCAUUGGAAUCAUGAACAUUGGACAGUGUAGCUCUUUUAGUAAGAGCACCUUUUCAGAUAAAAUUGUAGAACUUGGGAUCAAGUCCCUUACACAAAAGAUGUCUUAAAUAAAAAAAACCAACCUGAUGCUCGAAUUGUGCGUAAGCAUGCCUCAUCACUCAGUGCAGGUGUUAUUUGGAAACACUCCAUCCAUCAGAAGGUACGCCAGUGUUGGCCCCAUGAGAGACCAUUUACAUGUGAAAGUAUGCAUGUUAAUACCAAUACCCGAUAUGUAAUGGAGUAGGGUGAUCACCUGCCAGUUCCCAGUCUUCCUUAAAGGUCAAGUCCACCCCAGGAAAAUGCUGACUUGAAUAAAUAGAGAAAAAUCAAACUAGCAUAGUGCUGAAAAUUUCAUCAAAAUCGGAUGUAAUAUAAGAAAGUUAUGACAUGUUAAAGUUUCUCUUAUUUUUCACAAAACAGUGAUAUGCACAACUAGGGAUGAUGUCCAUCACUCACUAUUUCUUUUUUUUUAUUGUUUGAAUUAUACAAUAUUUCAUUUUUUAUAGAUUUGACAACAAGGACCAACUUGACUGAACCGUAUAGUAUUAAGCAAUGCUAAUUCCACAUGUUCAGGGAGGAAUUAAUCGUUGUAUCCCUUGACAAUGAGGAGAAAAUUAGAAUAUUUCAUGUAAUAAAAUACAAAAGAAAUAGUGAGUGGAUGACGUCAUAGUCUCAUUUGCAUACCAGCCUGGAUGUGCAUAUAACUGUUUUGGGAUUAAGCGAAACUUUAGAGUGUCAUAACUUUUUUAUUUUAUAUGGGAUUUUAAUGAAAUUUUCAGAAUUAUGCUUGUUGGAUUUUUCUCUUUUUAUUCAAAUCAACUUUUUGUUGGGGUGGACUUGUCCUUUAACUGCAAGAAUACUCAGAAUUCGGUGGGUUCACAAUAAGGUGCGCCAUGCAUGUAUCGGUUGCAGCGAACAGGCCAAAUUUCGGGGUUGACACCACUGAUCAGUGGUCAAUACAGCGUGCAUGCACACAGUGUACUGGAAUGUGACUAGUGACUGCUUCAAAAAUGAAAACCAUAUGAUUCAUCAAAAAUUUCGCAAAAAAAUAUGCAGGCAAAUUUCUCUCCCACUUCCUGGACCCUAGUACACAGCAUAUCCGGUUGAGCCUCAUCGGCCAAUGCCGAAUAAUCUCAUGCAUGCAUGCACUAGUGCGCGCAACAUGUCAAAUUUUUCCAUUGAAUAUCGGCCUGUCCGCUGCAACCGAUAGAUGGUGCACCGUAUUAUGAAUCCACCGAUUGAAGGAGGUGUUUUAGCUCUUUGAAUAAGGAAACUAAGUUGCUGCUCUGUACUCUGUGAACAUUAAUUUCACAUAAAGUUUUUUUUUUACUUUGUUGUAGUGCAUUGUCUAAAAAGGAAAAAUCUAUCUUACCUGUCACUACUUAGUAGAGUGAUAGGUACAAUGACUUUGGAUUCUAAAUCUAUUUUGCCAUUUAGUGCAUAGCAGAGUGAAGGCAAAAACAUUUUAUCAAAUAAUUUUUAAAGCAAUAAUUACUACAAUAUCUUAUGACAAAACUAUUUAAGAAUCUUAUUUUUAACACAGUAAUAGAAAUUAUUCUCUAGUAAGAGUAAUGAUAUUUACUUUUAAUUUUCUUGUCUCCAACAACCAUAGGUGGUUGCGGAGACCUCUGGCAGAUCCAGGGGGGGGGGGGGCAAGCCAGCCUGUGCCCCCCCCCCCUUUGAGGAGCAAAAUUAAAAUAUAUAAUAUAAAAAUGCUGUUAAAACAGAAGUGUGUCCCACCCUUUUGAAAGUGAAGACCUUUUUUUCUUUAUUUGGGGGGACGAAAUAUCCUUAAUUUUUUAUCUAUUAUUAUUUUUUAUUGCUUGUCAAAUUUUUCCUCAGAAAAAUGUGCCCCCCCCCCUCUUUUGGAAAAUCCUGGAUCCGGAGACAUUGUAUUUUGUUUUCAUGAUAACUGAAGAACUGUUUAAAGGGUCAAAUUCAAACUUGGCUCAUGGAUGUAUGUAAGUGACAAUUUUAAAGUUGAAUUUUGCAAUAUAUUUCAGAUCUGGCGAUGGUGAAAUCAUCUAGUCACCUUUCAGAUCAUCCCAGGAAGUAGAAUAAAAGUUGAAAGAAUAACAUCAAUAAACAAUAUCAAUUCAA